GUAGAGAAUUAUUAAAAUCUUCCGGGCAGUGUUUACAAAAUCAUUAGAAAUUAGUAUUUUCCUUACUUUUCUCUGUGUUUAGUGUGCAAAACUGAUAAAAUUGAAAGACAAGGUGUCUUAGAAGAUCCCUAAAAUGUGGAUCCUAUCAAAUUCCUCAGGGAGGAAAUAUUUUGUAUCCGGUGAUAAGGACAUUCACAUCGUGGGCAGAGAUGCCAGCUGCAACCUUAUGAUUGAGGGUGAUAAAUCCAUCAGUCGUCAUCAUGGUCAUCUCAAGGCAUCUCCUGACAAAAUGAUUCUCAUUGACAUUGGCUCAACUUAUGGCAUUUUCUUGAAUGAAAACAUUGAGAAGAUCAUCCGGUUGCCCCAGAAGGAGGACAUUGAGCUUAAGGCUGGAGACAAUGUGCGUUUUGGGAGGUUUGAGAGCAAAUGGACAGUGGAGAAGAUUGAAUUGAGUGCUGUGACGUCGAGUGUUCCAAGUGAUGAGGGGCAGAAGUUGCUGGAGGAUAUGAAGGUCUUGUGUGGAAAGGUAUCUAAAGCCUGGUCAGGUGCUUGUACCCAUUUGGUGAUGCCUGAGAUUAUAAUAACCAUGAAGGCUCUUCUGGCACUGGUGUCAGAAGUGCCAAUAGUUCGUCCGGAUUAUUUUAGUGCGUUUUUGCAAAGCAUCCGGGAAGGGAAGGAACCUCCUCGAGUUGCUGAUUUUUCCCCAAAAAUCCGAGAGGAUAAUCUUAUCGAGCAGAAUUGUUCCUUCCAGCCGGACAGUGAGAGGAAGAAAGUGUUUUCUGGGAAGAGAUUCAUCUUCCUGAGUCGAGAAGUCAUGAAUCUCUAUCAAAUGGUUAUUCAAUUGGCCGGAGGGAUUUCUAUGAACAUUGAAGCUGAUACUCUUAGUCAGAAAUCUUAUGUGCAGUUGGGAACAAUUGUCAUUAGUUCAGAAACGCGUCCAGGAGCACGAGAAUGGGACAAUGUGAAGAAAAUUGAGGAACUGCUGAAAGAUAAAGGAUGCCGCUUUAUUCCGGAGAAGGAAAUUGCCCUGGCCAUCAUAUACAAAUCCACGAGGAAGUUCUGCAAUCCCAGGCAUGAUUUUUCUGCAGAUUUCCUCACCAGCGCCAACGAGAAACUCGAUAGGGAGAUUAUCGUGCAAGACACGCCAUCCUUCCAGGAAAUCUCUCCGCAGAAAGCCACAAAUAUCACCCUUCCGGAAACUGUGCAGGAUCCUGUGUCCAUGACCCUGAGUGAGAAACCCAUGGAAAGCAGCAUUCAGAGCCAUGUGGAAAUCCCAGAGACGCUGGAAAACGACCAGCCGAUGCAUCAGGAAGUUCCUGAACCGCCAAAAUCCGAAAAGAGGCGUCGCACUUCCUGGAUCACAGCAGAAAAGGAAGCUCCGCCUCCCAAAUCCCAGAAAAAGACAAUCACUCACACCGAAGCCACUUCCUCAGGCGUCAACAAGAAAAAAGCCCCAGAAAAUAAAUCAGCUCCUCCUUCCACUUCUGGCGAGAAGCGGAAGCUGAGGAGUUUCCUAGAUUCCACCCUGACAGAUGACUUUGACACAUGCUUCAAGAAACCACGGAAGAAAGCCCCAGAAACCCUCCCCGUAACAUCCCAAAGAUCAACAAGGAGUUCUGCUCAGAGCAAAUCCCAAGAAUCCUCUCUCCUGCCACUUUCACGGUCUUCCGUAAGUUCUGCUCCUGUCAAUAAAUCCACCCUGGAGAUCAGAUCAACGGGAUGGCUGUCAAAAAAGUUUUCAGAAGCCACCCUGGACGACAGCAGCGAAGUGAAGGAGGAAAAGAUGGAGGAGGAUGGAGAAAAAUCCUGGAUUGACUCAAUGAAGGUUUCAGUUGAGACAAAAGUGGUGGAAUUUUCGGAUUCUCGAAUGUCUUCGAUGGUGAAUGAGAUAUCAAAAGAAUCUGAAAGCACAAAUUCCAGGAACUUCAAAGCCUUCAAGAAGAAGCAGACAUUCAUUCAGCAAAAGUUCGUUGAGAAACUCAUUCAAAUUGGUUCCAAAAGCAGGGGAGAAUAACUACUAAUAAAAAAAUCCAGGAAUUUAUGUUCAAGUUUCAGAGUUUUCAAUAAAUACUUUUUCUUAUUC